AUGGGUUCCGACGACCUCAUCGACUUCGAGAUUAUCGAAAACCAGAAAGAGAACAUCCAGUCGCUGCCAAGCGGUCGCUCUGCAAAGGCUCUCGCGCAACUAUACACACCACCACUGACGGCGGCGGCGGGCUACACACCGUCUCCGUCGCAGACACAGGAUGCGCACAACAUUGUUCGGCAGCAAUUCGAGAAGGAGCUGCUUGCUGUUGACGAAUCCGAUGACCCUCUCGACAUCUACGACCGAUACAUCAAAUGGACACUAGACGCAUACCCUUCAGCACAAAACACACCACAGUCGCAAUUGUGUCCACUGCUCGAGCGCGCGACAAAGGCCUUCCAGUCUUCCUCCAUGUACAGGAACGACCCACGCUACCUCAAGCUCUGGCUGCACUACAUCCGACUCUUCUCCGAUGCGCCGCGGGAGACCUUUGCAUACCUUGCGCGACACAGUAUCGGCGAAAAGCUGGCGCUAUUCUACGAAGAGUUCGCAGCCUGGUUAGAGGCAGCGGGGCGGUGGACGCAGGCCGAGGAGGUGUACAGCCUAGGCAUUGACCGCGAAGCACACCCAGUUGAGCGUUUAGUUCGCAAGUACGGCGAAUUCCAGCACCGAUUCGAAAGCCGCCCACAGGAAGCUGCCGAGCCCACGAGCCCGGCGCUCCCCGCCAUGCGCCCAGCACUAGCAGCGAAGGUCGACCCAUUCGCGCACGCCUCGCCAACAGGCAGCAACCCCCAAGCACAGCAAUCGCGCUCGGCAGGCGCAUCCUCUAAGUCAGGAAAGCCCAAGCUGGCCAUCUUUUCCGAUGGCGACGAGCCAGCAAGGACAGGAUCCAGCGGCAGCAUGGAGGGCUGGGACAGCAUCGGAUCAUUGGCAGACCGCAAGAAGGAGAACACGGCAGAGGCACGGCCUUGGGCGGGCGAGACUCUCAAGGUCGGAAAGAAGAACACGGGCGUUCAGAAGAUGAUGAUCUUCAAGGACGAGACGAAAUCAGACUCCAAUGACGAGAACAUCAAAGCCCACCCAUUGCGUGAACACCAGCAAGCCCUGAACCCAAAGACCGGCAGGCUCGAGGUUGUUUUUGUCGAUCUCCAGAAGGUAUACCCAAACCGUGACGAGCCCAUGUCAGAAGAGUAUUCUUUCGAGGAGUUGCGUGCUAAACAUAGGGGAUGGUUGGACCACGACUGGGCGAUAAUUCGUCGCGUAGAACAAGAGGAGGCCAGGAAGGCUGCUGAGGCAGCAGCAGCUCCAGUCGUACAAUCGAAGCCAAAAGCUGCCCCUCUUGCGCCAAAGCAGGUUGACGAGCAAUCGCCACACGCUAAGCCAGCCCCUCUUGCACCGAAACAACUCGACGAACAACCGCCGAAGCAAAAGACUGUUCCUCUGAAGGGCAGCAUUGACGAUGACAUGGCUGCGAAUGACGAGAACACGCCUCCAUCUCGGGAGGAUAUGGAGAAGGCAAAAGCAGCAAGGAGGGCUAGAAGAGAGGAAAAAGCCAACCGGACGCGCAAGAUUCAAGUCAUGGAUGUCAAGGAAGUUCGGGGCGAGACACAGACGAUACAAACCAACCUGGACUCUCCGGCCAAGCCCAAGAUCAAACGAAAGAAGGGUGGACGAGAAGCUACCAUGACGCUGCACACCAAGGAGGCCAUGGACGAGAUUUACGACAUAUUUAACGAGCCACUCAACAACCCGGACGAGAACACGACAGAAACCCAAAGCGGAGAGGAGAGCAGUGACGAGGACGAUGAUGCUUAUACCAGUGCAGGCGAAAGUACUGGAACUGGUGGCAUCUCAUGCGCAACCAGUGAAUAUGGAGAUGAAACUACAGCUGGCGACUUCACCCUAGGCACUAGGGUGCUUGACACUAAUGAAAUAGACACUGAGGCAGAUGAUUCGGAUACUAAGAGUGUCGUCUCUGCGUGGUCAGACUUCACGGAGAGCAAGCAUGUACCCAAGGAACACCGACAGGACGAGUCGGAUGAAGACUCGGAGCAAUCGGAGGGCGAGUCUGACGACGACGUGUCUGAGCAACAAGUAGACUCGGAGGACCAGUAUGACCCCGACCUCGCUACGCCUACAUCACCAGGAGCACCUUCGUCAUUACCAACGCGAUAUGUACCUGUCCCGCCAGAGGACUACGACCCCGCGAUUCGGCCAUAUCGGGAUCCAGGGCAAGCUGCUAAUAACCGUCUGCCUUUCAUGACCCCUAUUGUCGAAAAGACCGAGUCGUCAUUGGGUAUUCAGACAGCUUAUGCCCAGAAGGAGUAUUUUGCUGCCAAAACGCCAUCGCGUUCAAAGGGUACGCUUGCCAUUCUGGAGGACGAUGACGAACCGUGUAGCAGCCCCUUUGCAGAUCUCCUUGGACAAGUUGUCAACGGCCCAGGGAAGGUUGCGAAGCUAGCGUUGAGAGACUCGAAACCAGUGCCUAAGGAGCCAAUAGAGGAGCCAAAGCGGAAGCCAUUGGCAGCCAAGGAAACUGUGGCACAGCCAGUCAAACCCAAUGGUCCCAUCAUCAAAGACGCUCAAUGCAACCCAGUCGACGAGUCAGUCCGCAAAACUAUCCUGCAGGAAAUUCAACCUCCUCUGGAUACCUACGACGGAUACUACGCGGACACUGAACAAGCUUACAGCAAAGGUGCAGAUAUUCGCAAGUACACCAAGGCUGUCUCGAAGAUGAGCAAAAACGCCAGCGACAAAACAAUGACCAACUUGGCUAUGCCGCCAACCCUGCGGUUCACGGGAUCAGAAAGAACUUACACGGUCAAGCGUGAACUAGGAAAAGGGGCGUUUGCACCUGUUUACCUUGUGGAAAGUACACUUCCUGACGAAGAUGAGAACGAUGAGAAUCAACCAGUGCAGAUGGGCAAGGGCGAGUUCGGCGUCAAGCGGCAGCCUCUUGAGGCGAUCAAGAUGGAGGACCCUCCGACGCCUUGGGAAUUCUACAUUAUGCGACAGGCCAAGCGGCGCCUCGGUGUCUCACGGCCAGCAGACUCCAUCGUCAGCGCGUACGAAAUGCACGUCUUCCAGGAUGAGUGCUACCUCGUUGAAGAGUUCCGCGAUCAGGGAACGCUCCUCGACUUGGUCAAUAUCGCCCGUGCCGAGAAUGGCGUCAUGGAUGAACAGCUCGCCAUGUUCUUCACUGUUGAACUUUUCCGCACAGUAGAAGCAUUGCAUGCGAAGGGCGUCAUCCAUGGCGAUCUGAAGUCAGACAACAUUCUAGUCAGAUUCGACGCGCUCAGCAAAGACGACCACUGGGACUCAGGCUACAAGCGCGACGGACGUGACGGCUGGGCCUCAAAAGGUGUUGCGCUGAUCGACUUUGGCCGUGGCAUCGACAUGAAAGCUUUCAAGCCCGAUGUCCAAUUCAUCGCUGACUGGCCCACCACCGAAGCCGAUUGCGCCGAGAUGCGUGAGCUCCGCCCUUGGACUUACCAGAUCGACUACCAUGGCCUUGCCGGUAUCGUGCACAACUUACUCUUUGGCAAAUACAUAUCCACUGUCGCUGAACGCGGUGCAACAUUGGGCGCUGGAGCAACGAAGACGUACAAGAUCAAGGAGAGCUUGAAGAGGUACUGGCAGACGGAGAUUUGGCAGGAAUGCUUGGACCUUCUUUUGAACCCGCUGAUGCAUCUUGACCCUGAGGAGGGCAGGAAAAUGCCGGUAUUGAAAGGCAUGAAGGUGGUGAGAGAGAAGAUGGAGAUUUGGCUUGAGGAGAAUUGCGAGAGGGGAGUUGGUCUGAAGGCGCUUGUGAGGAAGAUGGAAGAAGCUGUCAAGCGGAGAUGA